UGAAGCUUCUCUCUAUCUUCUUCUCCCAUCACAUUCACUCUUCUUCUUCUUCUAUCUAUCCAUCUCUCUCUCUCUAUGGCUCUUGUUAGAGAACGUCGUCAACUCAACCUCCGUCUUCCUCUCCCUCCCAUCUCCGACCACCGCUUCUCCCUCCCCUCCCUCACCACCGCCCCCACCUCAACUGUCCUCUCUAACUCAAUCUCCGCCUCUGAUCUCGAAAAACUCAACGUCCUCGGAUGCGGAAACAGCGGAACUGUCUACAAAGUCCGCCACAAAAACACUCUAUACGCUCUCAAAACAGUCAACGGCGACACAGACCCGAUCCUAACGAGACAACUAAUGCGUGAGAUGGAGAUUCUCCGCCGCACGGACUCUCCUUACGUCGUCAAGUGUCACGGAAUCUUCGAGAAACCAGUCGUUGGUGAAAUAUCAAUCCUAAUGGAGUAUAUGGACGGUGGAACCUUAGAGUCUCUCCGCGGCGCCGUGACGGAGAGACGCCUCGCGGGGUUCGCGAGACAGAUCUUGAAAGGUUUGAGUUACUUGCACGGGAUCAAGAUCGUACAUAGAGACAUUAAACCAGCUAAUCUAUUACUUAACUCGAAGGAGGAGGUUAAGAUCGCUGACUUUGGAGUUAGUAAGAUCUUGGUUCGGUCUUUGGAUUCUUGUAACUCUUAUGUCGGGACGUGUGCUUAUAUGAGUCCGGAGAGGUUUGACUCGGAGUCGGGAGGAGGAAGUUCUGAUGUAUACGCUGGAGAUAUUUGGAGUUUUGGUUUGAUGAUGUUGGAGCUUCUUGUUGGUCAUUUUCCGUUAUUACCGCCGGGACAGAGACCGGAUUGGGCGACGCUGAUGUGUGCGGUGUGUUUUGGAGAACCGCCGCGAGCGCCGGAAGGGUGUUCGGAAGAGUUUCGUAGCUUUGUUGAGUGUUGUUUACGUAAAGAUUCGAGUAAGAGGUGGACGGCUUCGCAGCUUCUUGGCCAUCCUUUUCUCAGGGAAGAGCUUUGAUUUUUAGUUCGUUUUGUAAAAUUAAAAUCGGAUUACAAAUUAAUUAUGGAGUUGUAAAUUUUUGUACAUAAUAUAUACUCCGGAUUUUAGAGAAAUGAGAGAUUUGUAAGAAUCCUAACAUUGGCAUUGUAAUAUAAAACUAUUUCUUCAAUAUUUUUUUCUUCAG